CAAAAAGCUUGUUUUUUAUUUACUUUCUUCUUUCUUCUUUUUUACAUCUUUUAAAAAAGAGAAAAAAAAUGUCCUCCACCACUGCAGGGACACAACAUACAUUAAAAAAACCAUGCAAUUCUGUCAGUUGUUGUUCACCUUCUAGACUUUGGAAAUCGAUUCAACAAGUCAUCAAUCAGGACAAGCGUGAAGAAUUCAAGACGUUAUGUCAAGACAAGACAAAGAUACCUCAUCUUGUACGAGUCAUCCUGUCUUCACGUCUAUCCAAUAAUCCUUUACUUUACAGUAAAUCAACCACAGUCAUUGACUCUCGCUUAAAUGAGAAAUUUGGCAAGUUAUCAGCCACAGAUUUGAAUGCUGUCGAAAUCAGUUUAUUACAGCAUAAGCAUGAUACCUUUGCUUAUUGGACUUUGCAGCUUUUGAAAAAACAUGCUAAAGCUUCUGAAUGUAAACAAUUUGUCAAUCACCAAUUCGGAAAACAGGGCAAUACGGCUUUGCAUCUUGCUGCCUUCUGGGGCAUGUCCAGGCUUGUACGACUCAUGUUAGAAUUAGGAGCCGACCCUUCUGUCCAAAACAAUCGCCAACUCAGACCAAUCGAUUGUACGACGCAUGCUGAUGUGAUUGCUUUACUUGAACCCAAGGCACCAGCACCCAAGCAUUCUCUCUUGCUCAAGAAGGCCGUCCAGACCAUUACCAAUGACGCACAGUACUAUGCUGAUGAUACAGCCAAAGUUGCGCCUCCUUCUCCAGAUUAUUUCAUGAAACCCUCGCCUUCUCCUCUCUCUUUCUCUUCAUCCUCAUCUUCCUCAUCUUCAUCCUUUUCUUCACUCGAUCAACACUGGACUCCUCCUGCAUCACCUGUCUCUCAUCUUGACAAGAUACCCCCACUUCCACCUUCUCCUGCUCCUGUCUUGACGCCCAUCAAGAAAAAGAAGAACGAAAUCAAUGAAACUCUGAUGGUUCAAGAACAUGAAGAUGAAGAGGAUGAAGUGGCUAUUGAAGUUCCCCUUGAACGUCCUGGAUGUUUACCUCGUCAUGAUCUUCCAAAGGAAACUGUGUUACAGAAACAAAAGAAACUUCGGCAAGUGCAAUUUGACCCUCAGGUCAUUGUGAUGGAUAGUUGUGUCCGUGGUGACCAUGAAGAAUUAACAGAAUGGAUCGAUCAAUUGGACGUUCAGACCAUCAAGGAUAUCCAAAAUCGGUCUUUGCUACAUAUUGCACUUAUGCAUGGAAAUGAGCAUUUGGUAGAUUUUCUAGUGGAUAAAGUGGAUAUUAAUCAAGCAGAUCAAGAUGGUAAGUAAAAGAAGUAUAUUAAAGUGGCAAGAUAUUCAUCAUAUUUCUUAGGAUGGACCUGUCUUCAUUAUGCUGCAGCUCUUGGUCUAUGGAAGUCACUAGAAAGACUCUUAUCUCAUCCUCAAUCUAAUAUUCAUGCACGGACCUAUCACGGGUUAAAAAUUGAAGAUUGUCCAAACUCGGAUUUUGGACGAAGAAAGUGUAAAAGUAAGUACCUAUUUUUAUUUUUCUCA